AUGAAGAGGACAGAUGAUAAAAUUAUAUUAUUGUGGUGCGGUGAAAUCGUAAAAAAUAUUAAGAACAAGAAAAUAACAAAGUACUCAUUAAGAAAUAAAAAAAAUGAAGACAUUUCCUUAAAAGAAGAAAAUUAUAAAGACGCACCAUAUGUAGUAAAAUCCUCAUGUGUUGAUAACGAAAACAUAUACUGUCCAAAUAAUAUGUGCCUUAUAAAUUACAUUUAUAAGAAAUGUCGCUUAUUACAAAAAUGUUUAUUUUAUAAAAUAUAUAUUUCUCAAUUGAAAAAUAAAAAACUGAAACAAUUAAAAGAAUAUAUAUACCUAGCGAAGGAUACAAAUCAAAAAAAAAUGAAAAAAAAAAAAAAAAAAAAUGGACAAGAUAAUAAAGUAGAAGAAGAAGAAGAAGAAGAAAAAAAAAAAAUAAAAAAAUCUACACACAAGAAAACUAAUAUAUAUAAAAAGGCGUACAAUAUAAAUAUGAUAUUUACAAAAUUAUUAAUAUUAAUAUUAUUUGAUACACAAUUAUUAAAGAUUUCUUUAAAAUAUUUCAAUCAUAUGAUAGUAUCCAUUAUAAACCAAUUACUGGAAGAAGCCUUUUUAUUAUCACAAAAUAAUUAUGAUUUUAUGAAUGAGAGUUAUAAUAAAAAUUGCAAAUCAAAUAAUACAAGUACAAUUAAUUAUAAUAAAAAUAUCUUGUCUUAUAAAAGAAAAAAGUUAAGACCCUCUCUUCAUCUUUAUAACAUAAUUAAAAAGUGUAAUAUAAACAUCGAAAUAUAUUUUUGUAUGAUUUGUUGGAAUAAUAUAUUAUUUUGUAAAGAAUCACUUUUUAAAGAUACCAUUAAUUAUUUCUUUAAACAAGUAUUACCCAAAUCAUAUAUGGCAUGUAAUUAUUUUAAAAUGGUUAUAAUAAAGUAUCAAAAAUAUAAUAAAGAAAAGAAAAAUGAAAAUUCGUUAAGAUAUGACAAGGAUAUAUUAUAUUACAAUUAUUGUAUUAAAAUAUUAUUAAUUUGUUACUAUUUAAGUAAAAAUAAUAUUAUGGAUAAUAGGUAUAUGGAUUUGUUAACGCACAUGUUACAAUUUCAGGACCCUCUAUUUGAAUCGUUGAUAUAUAAAAUAUAUUUGAACUAUUACAAAAUAGGGGAUACCCCCAAAUAUGCAAAUAAUCAAAAUAAUCAAAAUAAUCAAAAUAUUCAAUAUAAUCAAAAUAUUCAAUAUAAUAAAAAUAUUCAAAAUAAUGAAUAUAGUGAACAAAAUAAUAACAAUAUAUUUUUCAAUUAUUUUAUUAAUAAAACAAAUGCUAACGCUAAUGCUAAUGCUAAUGCUAAUGCUAAUCUAAAUAUACACCAAAGUGUAUUUAUAAAUUAUGAAGAUUUAAAUAGCUGCUUGGAUAGUUAUGAUAAAAUAUAUGAAAUGUAUUUAAAAGAAAAUAUAAAAGAUUUUGAACACAUAUAUAUAGACAAAUUUCCUCGUAUAAAUAUUUUAAAAAAUAAUAAAUUUUAUAAUUUUUAUAUACAUGUUGAAAAUAAGAUAUUAUAUCCCACAUUUUGCAUAAAAAGAGGAAAGAAUAUUGUAGAUAAGUUAUCAAAAAGUAAAUUUGAUUUUAUAAUAACAGAAAGAUUAAAAAGGAUAUGUGAGUUAUUAAUUUUAAAUAUAUAUAACAAGAAAUCUAUUGUGUUGAUAGGAAAUUAUGGAUGUGGGAAAACAGGUAUUAUAAAUUAUAUGUAUGAAAAAAUAUAUGGAAAGAGAAAAGACAAACAAAAUAAUAUUAUAAGUGUAUAUUUAGAUGAUGUAUCAGAUUCUAAAUCUAUUUUAGGAGUAUGGGAAAGUAAUGAAAAUUAUUUUGAAUAUAAAUAUGGAAUAUUAUCAAAAGCAAUGAUGGAUGGGAAAUGGAUAGUUUUUGAAAAUAUUAAUACUAUAUCAAAUAGUAUAAUAGAAAAAUUGGAAGAAGUUAAUAGUAAAGGAUAUAUAUAUAUAUCCGAAAAGGGUGAAUACAUAUAUCCACAUAAAGAUUUUCGUUUGUUUGCUACUAUAACAUUGUGUAAUAGGGACCAUAAAAACAACAACAAAAAUAAUAAUAAUAAUAAUAAUAAUAAUGAAAUAAAUGACAAUAUAUGUGACAAAAUGAUAAACUCACAAGAUAAUAAUUUACACAAUGUACAUAUAUAUGAUAAUACUAUAAAUAAUACUCAUUCCAGCCAAAGGCAUAGGGCUCAUAACUCUCAUUACAACCAUUUUGAUGUGAAUGAAAAUGUAAGAAAAAAAGAAGAAAUUGAAGAAAUUAUUCAUAUGAAUUACCGUCCAAAAUAUUUAGGACCAUUAUUUAACAAAUGGCAUAGUAUAUAUAUAGGAAAUUAUAAUAAGAAUGAAAUAAAAGAAAUAUUAUUUAAAAACUUAUAUGAUGUUAAUGAUAAUUAUAAAAAGAUCCUUUUAAAUUGUUAUAAUAUUAUAAAAAUAACAUUGGAAAAAUAUCAUAUUUUAAGAAAUAUGAACCUUCAUGAUCUAAUAAAAAUAAUUAAGAGAAUAAAUAAAAAAAAAAUAUUUGUAUAUGAAAAUGAAAAAACAAAAUUAAUAUUAUUUCAAACAAUAAAAUCUAUUUUAAUAUCUCAUAUACCUAUUGAAGCUUUAAGAAAUUAUUUCUUAUCUAUAAUAAGUAAUAUAUUUCAAUUAAAUCAUCAUGUUAUUAUAAAAUAUUUAAAAUCCUAUUCUGUUGAUAUAUUUAUAAAACAGUUUAAUGAAACAUUAAAAAAGAAAUAUCAGAAAAUAUCUAUAAAUAUUGAAAAAAUAUAUAAUUAUUCUUUUUUAUUAACAUCUGUUCAUAAAUCAAUUUUAUAUGAUAUAAUUGAAGCAGUUUAUAAUAAAGAACCUAUAUUGUUAAUCGGAGAUACAGGUGUAGGAAAAACAGCUUUGAUCGAUUAUGUUGCUAAAAUAUUUCAAAAAAAAUUAUAUGUUUUUGUAUUUAGUGAAAUGGCAGAGGCUUCUGAUUUAAUAGGAAAUUAUUAUCCAUUCAAUAUUAGUGUAAAAACGAAUGACCUCUUUGAAAAUAUGAAACGUUUAAAUAAACAAAUUAGUGAUAUUUUGUGUAAAAAAGAGAUGGAACUAUUUUAUAUUAAAUUAAGGAUAUUAUUAAGUGAGAAAAAAUUUAUUACCUUUUUAAAUACGUGUUCUAAUUUUGCUAACUCUUUAAUACAAAAUGUUAAACAAAAUGUUCAAUCUUUUGAUAUGAAAAUUAUUAGGAGGUAUAAGAAUUUUAUGAAUACAUGUAAGAACAUUCGAGAUUUUUGGUAUGACAAUAAUACGACAAUUAAGGGAAAAAAUUAUACUUUACCUAUUGAUUAUCAAAAGUUAUUUGAAAAGAAAAUUUGUGAUAAAAACCAAAUUAAUAUUGAUGAUAUUACUUCUUGUAACCAUUAUGAUAAUAAAUAUAAAAGCAGUGACCAUAAUAUAAAUACAGAAAUUCAUUUGGAUGUUGUACAAGAUGAAGAAGAAAGGAACACAGAGAUGAACGAAUUAAUUUUUAAAUUCCAUGAUGGUAUAUUAAUUGAUUGUAUAAAAAAUGGACAUUGGAUAUUAUUAGAUGAAAUAAAUUUAGCACAAACUGAGAUAUUGCAAAGAUUACAAGGUCUUUUAGAUAGUUCUAAUAAAUAUUUUGAUAUUAUUGAAAAAGGAAAUGAACAAAUAAAAGUACAUAAAAAUUUUCGACUUUUUGCAUGUAUGAAUCCACCAAUUAUACCUAAUAUCAGAAUGAAGAAAGAUAAAAAUAUUGUAAAAGAAGAAUUUUAUGAUAACAAAGAUGUUGUAAAUAAUGAUAUAUGUUUAUACGAUAAUAAUAAUAAUAAUAAUAAUAAUAAUAAUAAAAUACAUAAAAUACAUAAACAGAUUGAUUUUCAAAACGAUAUUGAUUUAUAUAAUAGUACUAUGUCUUCUGGAAAAAAAGAAUUAGCACCUAUUAUUAGAAAUAAAUUUACAGAAAUAUUUGUUGAUGAAAUCUUAGAAUAUAAUGAUAUUCAUAUGAUUGUAAAAGAUCUUUUAAAAAAUACUACAAGUGAUAAUACAUUAAUAGGAAAUAUAACAAAUUGUUAUUUAGAAAUCAAAAAAAAAAGUCUAAACAAUAUCUUCAACACAGAAAAUAAACCUAUAUCAUUUUCUACAAGAAAUUUAGUACGAGCAAUUAAAUAUGCCAUAUAUGUGAAUAAAAGAAAAUUUAAAUCGGUUCAAUUACAAAAUGCUGUUAGAAAUGGAUUUAUUUGUAAUUUUAUGAGUUGUCUAAAUAGUAAUAAUCAAAAACUUAUGGAAAAUAUAUUUAAGAAAUAUUUCAAAUAUUCAUAUGAAAAGGAUAUGGAUAAUAAUAAGAAUAAGAAUAAGAUUAGUCUUGUUCUGAAUAAUAACGAAAAUGAUUUGUAUAGCCAACAUAAUAUUAAUCAUAACAACCAUAUUAUUAAUAAUAUUAACAAUUUUAAUAGUAAUUCUAUGCAUAUACAAAAAGAUGGUAUAAUAAAUUAUGAUAUACUUGAUUAUUAUUAUGAAUAUAAAUAUUACAAUAAAAAAAAAGGUGAAGAAGAAAAUAUACAAACUAUCGAAAAUAAUAAAGUGAAUCAUCAUUCAAAUAUUAAUAAUAAAACAAAUAUAUGCCUUUCAGAUAAGAAUUAUAUGAAUAUGUUAUUUCUACAUAAAAAUAAAAAAGAUAUUGAAAAAUAUGCAUGCAUAGAAAAUAGCUGGAUAUUAUGUGGUAAUGAAGAAAUUAAUUUAAAAAGGAUUUUAUCCAAUUUUAUUAUUACCAAAAAUGUAAAGGAUAAUAUUAAAAAAUUAGCUUUAUGUUUAACUAGUAUAAAAACACCUAUAUUGUUAGAAGGUAAUACAUCCGUGGGAAAAACAUCACUUGUAAAAUUUUUUGCUGAUAUAACGGGUCAUAAAUUUAUAAGAAUUAAUAAUCAUAUGAAUACAGAUAUUAAUGAAUACUUUGGUCAAUUUGUUAAUGAUAAAAAAAGUGGGAAUUUAAUAUUUGAAGAAGGAGUUUUUGUUAAAGCGGUUAAAUAUGGACACUGGGUAGUAUUAGAUGAAUUAAAUUUGGCUCCGUCCGAAGUUUUAGAAUCGUUAAACAGAAUAUUAGAUGAUAAUAAAGAAUUAUAUAUACCAGAAUUAAAAAGUUAUGUUAAAGCACAUAAAGAUUUUAUGUUAUUUGCUACUCAAAAUCCUGCUAAUAAUAAUAGUUAUUUAGGAAGAAAAGAAUUAUCCAAAGCAUUUAGAAGUCGUUUUAUUGAAUUUCAGAUUAAUGAUUUUGAUAUUGAAGAAUUAGAAAUUAUAUUACAUAGAAGAUGUACUAUAUCACCUAAUAUAUCAAAAAAAAUGAUUAAUGUUUAUACAGAUUUAAAAAAUAUUAAAUCCAAUUAUAAUUAUUUUAAUGAUAAUAUUAUGACAUUGCGAGAUCUAAUUAAGUGGGCAAAUAGAUAUCCAAAUAAUAAUAUGGAAGCUUGUUUAAAUGGAUAUUUUAUUAUUGCUGAAAAGUUGAGAAAUAAUAAAGACAAAGAAUCUGUGAAGAAAAUAUUGGCUAAAUAUUUUUUACCUAAGGGUGAAGAAUUAAAAAUUGAUUAUGAAAAUGAUUCUGACGUAAGGAUAUUAAAAGAUGCAUAUUUUAAAAAGAUACAGCAAAUGAAAAAUCAUAAAAAAAUUAAAAAUAAAACUAAACAUAAAGGUGAUCAUUUUGUGAAUAUUGAUGAUAAUAAUAAUAUUAGUAGUAGUAACAAAUUUGUGAUGAAUUAUAGCGAUAACAAUUUUUCUGAAAAAAACUCAAAUAAAAAAAAUCGUUUGGAUGAUAUACAAAGGUAUGAAUAUUUAAAAUAUAUGCACUUUGGGAAAACGACGAGCAGACUUAUAUGUUUAUUAUUAAAAUGUUUUAAAUAUAAAGAAUCAGCUUUACUAAUUGGAGAGACAGGAUGUGGGAAAACUACAUGUUGUGAAUUAUUAAGUUUUGUUGAGAAUAUAAAAUUAAAUAUAUUAAAUUGUAACGAGAGUACUGAUAUAUAUGAUAUGAUAGGUAGUUUAAAAUUUGUUAAAAAUACAAAAGAGCAUUUAGAAAAAUUAAAAAAGAAUUGUAUUGAAUUAUAUAAUAUUAUAAAUGAAAAUUAUGAAAUGGAUAAUUAUGCAUCAGCUUAUUUAAGUGCUAUUAUAUAUGAACAAAUUUCAGAAAUUAAAAAAGAAGACUUUUUAGUAUUCACAUUAUAUAUACAAAAAAAAUAUAAUAUAAAUAAUGAUAUACAAUCGAAAUUAUGUAAAAUAGAAAGAUGUAUAAAUAAUUUAAAAUCAUUAUUUACAUGGUAUGAUGGUAUAUUAGUAUCAUCAUUAAAAAAAGGUCAUAUUUUUUUAAUGGAUGAAAUAUCGCUAGUUGAAUCUUCAGUUAUAGAAAGAUUAAAUUCAGUUCUUGAAUAUGAGAGGACAUUAUUAUUAACCGAAAAAGGAGGGAAACAUGUAAAAUACAUUAAAGCUCAUGAUAAUUUUUAUUUUAUUGGUACUAUGAAUCCUUCCGGAGAUUUUGGAAAAAAAGAAUUAUCACAUACUUUAAAAAGUAGGUUUACAGAAAUUUAUGUAGAUUCAUUCGCUCCUGAUACGGACGAUUAUUAUUUUUUAAUAAAAAAUCAAAUUAAGUUUACAAACAAUGAAUAUAUUAAAAGUGUCAUAGCUAAGCAGUUGUGUAAAUUAUUUGAUCACAUGUGUAAAAAGGAACUUCACCAUAUAAAUAAAGAAAAUAAUCAAAAUAAUGAAAGUAAUCAAAAUAAUGAAAGUAAUCAAAAUAAUGAAAGUAAUCAAAAUAAUGAAAGUAAUCAAAGUAAUCAAAAUAAUCACAGCAUCAAUAAUAAUCAUGAUAGUAAUAAUUAUGGUGAAUAUAAAUCUGUAAGAACCCAUCUUGUGUUAUCUAUUCGAGAUGCAGUUAAAUGGAUAAGCUUCAUGAAUACUUAUAUUAAUAAUAAAAAAAUCACAUACAAAAGAAAAAAAAACAUGAAUAUAAAAAGAAAUAAUAAUUGUAACCCUUAUAAUAUAUGUGAAAAUAAUAACACAAAACAAAUAUUCGCCUUUCCCAUAAAAAAACUUAAAUUUUAUUGCUUACGUAGUUUUUAUCAUAGUGGAUGCUUAAUAUUAGUUGAUAGUAAUGAAAGUGUAAUAAAAAAUAAUGAUUUAUUAAAAAAUAUAUUAUUACAACAUUUAGAAGAAUUGCGCAUGUCGAUUAAAUAUAAUGUAUCAAGAUUAAUUCAAGAAAAAAAGAAGGAUAAAAAUAUGUUAAGACAUAUGAAAUAUUUCGAUGAAACACUUGAUUUCAAGUUCAAAAAAAGAUAUUUAAAAAUUAACGAUUUUUAUAUAACGUUUAUGAAAAAAUUGAAAUGUGAUAUAAAUACCUUCUCCAAAAAUUCAAACUUUGUUUUUGACACUCCUAAUAUUAAACAGAAUCUUUACAAAAUUGUUAGGGCCAUGCAAUUACCUAAUGCUAUUUUAUUAGAAGGUUCCCCAGGUGUUGGGAAGACCUGUAUUAUUGAUAUACUAGCCAAAAUUACAAACAACAAAUUAAUACGUAUAAAUUUAUCUGAGUGUACAGAUAUUUACGAUUUCAUUGGAUCUUACUUUCCUAUAAAAGAAAAAAACAAAAAAACACAUGAGACAUUAAAUGGAGAUAAUAAAAAUGAUACUUGUGAUGAUAAUCUAUAUAAUAAUAAUGUUGAUAACAUUUUUGAUAAGAAAAAUAAAAGUUUUCAAUAUGCUUGGGAAGAUGGAAAAUUAAUUGAUUGUAUGAAGAAAGGAUAUUGGAUUCUUAUAGAUGAAAUAAAUUUAGCUAACCAACAAACAUUGGAAGGACUGAACUCUAUUCUAGAUCAUAGAAAAGAAAUUUUUAUACCUGAAAAAAAUGAAGUUGUGAAAUGUCAUAAAAAUUUUAGAUUAUUUUGUUGUCAAAAUCCAUAUAAAGAAGGAGGAGGGAGAAAAGGUUUACCUAAAUCAUUUUUAAAUAGAUUUUCAAAAAUAUAUUUUGAAGAUUUAGAUGAUUUUGAUUAUUUUUGUAUAGUUGAAAAAUUAUAUGGUGAUAUUAUAUCUAUAGAUAUAAUUAAGAAAAUUAUAAAAAUUAUAUUUACUAUAAAAAAAAUAAACUUUUUAUUAAAUCAUAGUGAAAGUUGGGUAUGGAAUUUAAGAGAUAUUUUAAGAAUUUGUAAAGUUCUUAAAUAUAGCAAGACAAACGAUCAGUUCUUCAAUAUUUGUGAUAUGAUAAUUUGUAAUAGAUUGGUAUGUAAACAAGAUAAAUAUAUAAUAAGAAGUAUUAUAUUAAAUAUAUAUAAAGAUAAUGAAAAUUUUAUUGAAAAUAUUUUAUCUAUUUUAUUAAAUAGUCAAGCAUAUCAAAGUGAUUUACAAAUGAGUACAAAAGAAAAAUUAAUCCAUUUUAUUAAUUCGAAUGUUGAUAAUUAUUCUUGGGAAAAUUAUAUGUGCAUGGAUAUACAAAUUGAGAGGAACGAAGAAAUUGUUGACAUUAAAGGGAAAAAAAACAAAAAUGAAAAAAUAAAAAAAAAUAACAUAAAUUAUACAAAAAAUAUAUAUAAUAUAUAUAAUAUAUAUAAUAUUAUAAAUAUAUAUAAGAAUUAUUCUUCUUAUUAUUGUAGUGAUUUAUGUUCAUAUAAUAAUUUUCAUAAUGACACGUCGUCGUUCAUUUUGUGCAAAGAUGAAAAAAUUUAUUCCGCAUUUUUAUCAGCAAUACGUUUAAAUAUGCCCAUAUUAUUAAACGGUAAAAAUAACUCAGGAAAAUCUUCCUUUAUUCGUAAUAUAUCUCAGCUAUUUAACAAAAAAUUAUUUGAAUUUUCCUUAACGGAUGAUAUAGACACAUUUGAUUUAUUUGGAUCUUAUGAACAUAAUAGUAAAGAUAAUUUUAUUAAUAGAUUUAUGAAUAAAAUAAAAAAAUUAAAUAAACUUAUUAUAAAAAGGUUAAUAAAGAAAAACAAGAAAAACAAUCUACAUAAUGUAAUAAAAAAAUAUUUUGGUUUUGAAAAUAAUAAACCUAAAAAUGAUUGUAACAAUAAAUUAUAUAUAUAUGUAAAACAAUAUAAUAAGGAUCCUUUAAAAAAUCAAAACAAUAAAUAUUUCAUUCUACACAUUAUGAAUAACUUAAAUGAGUUAUCUGUACAAUUUAUUGAUUGUUUAAAAAAUGAACAUAUGAAAAAUAUGUUGAAAGAAGUGCAAAAGAAAUAUUUAGAACUUAUACAAAAAUGUAAAAAGAUUAUUAUAGGCAAAAAUAUAAUGUUAAAAAAAAAGAUGAACAAUAUUAUAUCGAAUAUAUUAUAUUUAUCCAAAUUAAUAAGUACUAAUCAAAUAAAUGAAAAUGUUUAUAUUUUUAAGGAAAGUAAUUUUAUUAAAGCAAUAAAAAAAGGUUAUUGGAUUAUGAUAAAACAUUUACAUUAUUCAACCCCUUCCUUAUUAGAUAGAUUGAAUAGUCUGUUUGAAGAAAAUGGAUAUAUAUUACUACAUGAAUUUGGUAAGAAAAAAAAAAUUCGUCCUCACAAAAAUUUCCAAAUAUUUUUAACCUUGAGUUCUCAAGAGCAUUACAAAAUUAGUAAGGCACUACGAAACAGAUGUUUUGAAAUUUUUUUUGAUAAUAAUAAUGUUGAAUAUGUUGUUGGUAGGGAUAUACACACAAGUCAAAAUCAUAAGGAAAACAUUUCACAGUCCACCACCACAAAAAAUAAUGAUAUGAAUAGUAGUAAUAAUUACAAUCCAUUUUUUGAUACGCUUGAUAAUAUUUAUCACCCGAUUCAUGCUGGGGACAAUACAUGUAAUAGGGUAGAUGUUCAUGGUACUAAUAUAAAGAAAUAUGAAUCACCUUUCUGUGUUUAUCCUUUUAUAAAUAUUAAAAAUAAAGAAAAUAUACAUAUAAAUGAUUGUAACAUCCAAGGUGAGUGGUCAGACAACAGAUUUUACGAUUUAAUAAACGUUGGUUUUAAAAAAGAUAAUUUAUCCAAUUUACAAAAUAAGGGACUAGGUAAUUUUUCAUUGUGUAAUAAUAUAUUUAAUAUUAUUAAAGAGGACAAUAUAUUUUUUUACAUUGUAAAUAAUUUUUUGAAGAAUGUUGAAAAAACUAUCGAAAAAGAAAAAAAAAAAAAUGAUAUACAUAUGAAGAACAUUAAUAAAUUUGUGAAGUUCUUUUUUUAUGAUGACGAUAAAAUAAGAAAGAAUAAACAAAGUAGUAAUAUAAAAAUUAAUAAUAUUAAAAUUUUGGAUUAUAUAAAUUAUUGUUAUAAUUCCUUUUGUAAACAAUAUAGUAUUACAUAUAAUAAUGUAGAUAUAAUAUAUUUUUCAAUUAUCAUAUCGGUUUUUAUAUAUAUAAUAGUAGAAUAUAUGUUUGAUGAAAAUAUUCAAAACAAAAGAAAAAAUAAAAUAAACACCAAAUUAAACAUAAAGAAGAUAAAUAAAAAUAAUACGAGAAAUGAAAAUAUGAAUGAAGGAAAUGAUAUAUAUGAAAAGAAAAGAACAAAUAUACAUAUAAAUUCUUUUUAUGAUAAUUAUAAUGAAGAAAGAAAAAAUGGUUUAUAUAUGAAUUUAAAUAAAUUAUUAAGUAACAAAUUUGACAAUACAUUAUAUUGUAUAGAUAAUUAUAUAAACAUAAUUUGUAUACAUUUCUUAAGAGCUGAAAAUAGGAAAAAACAUAUAAAAAAAAAUUAUAAUUUAAAAAAAUAUGUAAAUCUCUUCUCACAAUAUUUUAUAUAUUUUUAUUGUCAAUUAUUUUCAAACCUAAGUCAAGAUGUGCAAAUAUUCUUCUAUCCAUUUUUUUAUUUCUUAAAUAAUAUGAUAAUUAUAACAAUAUAUAAAAUGAAGCAUAAACUGAGCCGGUGUUAUAUAAAAGAAGAAACAAAUAAAAAUAAAAAAAUAAAAAAAAUAAAAAAAAUAAAAAAAAUAAAAAAAAUAAAAAAAAUAGAAAACAUAAAAAAUAAUAAUAAUAUGUUAUUAAACAGUUUAAUAGAAAAAUAUAUAAAUAGUAGUAGUAGUAAUAAAAAUAAUGUGUGUGUUCAUAAAUUAUCACCCAAUAUUUUAAAUUGUUUAUAUUUACACAUUUUUAUUAUGUACAUAUAUUAUUAUAAUAAACUUUAUACAAAGGAUACACCAUUCUUUAUGAGGAAUACCAUUAUUGAAGAUGAAAAUAUUAUAUAUUUAGAUAAACACAAAUGUAUAGAUUCCAAAAUACAUGUUGAUAAUAAUAUAUUAAAAGAAAUUUCGUUAAUCAAUACUUUUUAUUACUUAAAAUUAAACAAAUUUUUUUGUUUUUUAAUAUGUGAUUUUAUGGAAAGGUUUUCGUUAUAUGACAUUUUUUAUAGAUAUCAAUAUUUAUUAACCAUGAAGAAUAAAAUAUAUUUGAGAAGGACCAAACAAAAGGAAGGAAAAGAAAAUUGUUCGUUAGAAUAUAACAAUUAUUUAUAUAAUAUAGAAAUGGAAAAAUAUCUAGAUUUCAUUACAAACAAAAUAAUAUGUAAAAAGUUGGAAUAUUUUUAUAUAAUAAGUAAAUUUAUAUAUAAUAAUAUAAUAAAAAAUAUAUUAAAUGAGAAAAAUAAAAUAACAAAUAAUACAUUAUAUUAUGAACAUUCUUUAUAUUUUAAGAGUCCAUUAAUUGAAAUGAAAAAAUAUAUUACAAAAAAGGAAAGUACAAAUUUAUUUUUUUAUUACUUUUUCGACUUUGUAUUAUCAUUCUUCAAAUUUAAUUUUAGUUACCUUUAUUAUAAGAAAAGAGAACAUUACUAUAAACAAAAUAAAAAUAAUACACAUAAUUACAAUAAUAAUAAUAAUAAUAAUAAUAAUGGUGUUGUGGAAAAUCACUUUUAUAUUUUUCAAGCUAACAAAGAAACAAAAAGAGAGGAAGAGCGUGUCAUUUUUCAUUGUUUAAAUAAAUUUGUAAAUAUUUUAGAAGGUUUCAUAUUUGAAGGUAUACAAAAAGAUGAUAUUAAAAAGAGGAAUAUAAAUAAUUCGGAAAAUAAUGAGAUUCUUAUGCAAACCUUUUUCUCGUAUUAUGUUUUUCUUUACAUAUAUACAUUCGAAACGAUUUGUAAUUUUAAUUAUGAUACCAUUUAUUAUAAAAUAAUAUAUAUAUAUGAUAGUAUUAAAUACAUAUUAAAAGCAAAUAAAUGUUUUGAAAAAAAAGAAAAUAAAAAAAUAAAAAUAUUAAUAAAAUGUAUACAAAAAGCAAAAUGGAUAAUCGAAAAUAAUUAUAGAGUGUCAAAUAAAAAAUCAAUUAACAACAUAAGAAAUGUAGAAUAUGAUAUAGAAAAAAAAGAAAAAGAAAGAAAUUAUUAUAUGGAUACAUUAUUUAAUAAAGAAAAUAUGAUAUUAAAUAUAUUUCAAAAAAAAAAAAACUUGGAUGGAAAAAUGUAUAAUAUAUAUAAUAAAUAUAAUAUAUAUAAUGUAUAUAAUAAUAUAAACCAAAUACAUUUUGAUAAUAAGUGGAUACAAAAUAUAUUUCAAGUUAUAAAUAAUAUAUAUAUAAGUUAUUUUAUAUAUAUACGAAAUGAAUAUAAUUAUAGACAUAUUUUAUUAAAUAAUUAUACAAAUAAUUUACAACAUAAUUAUUGUGAUACAUUGACAAAUAUGAAAAAAACAUUGUAUGAAAAUAAUAUAAUUACGAAUGAUAAUAUUGAAAUAUUUCUUAUACAACUCAAAUCUUUUACAUAUACAUUAAAUUUUUUACAUAUGCAAAAAGAUUUAAAAAAAAAAAAAAAUUAUAUAGAAAAUAUUAUAACAUCAUAUUUUAUAAAGAAUAAUAAAUAUAUAGAAAACAUUCUGCAGAUAAAGUUAUUACAAAAUAAAGAAAUAUAUCUUAACAAUAAAAAUAAUAUGUAUAGAAAUUAUAAUUUUGAAUAUGAACAAUUGUUAUAUCCCUCUAAUAAUAAUAAUAAUAAUAAUAAUAAUAAUGAUAAUCAUAAUAAUGAUAAUACUUUUGAUAUAUGUGAUUAUAAAAAUAAUGUAUUAUUAUUAAAUUAUGAAUAUAUUUUAUAUAAUAUAAAUUUAAAAUACAUAUAUAAUGCUUAUGUAUACUUAAGUAGUAUCUAUAUAUAUUUACAAUAUGUAAAUAUUGAGAAAAAGAUAGGUAUGGAAAAUAUAGAAAAAUAUUCAAAUACAUUAAUAAAUCGUUCUUAUGAAAAGAAUGCUUUAAACAGAUUUUUUUUUUAUUCUUAUUUAAAUAAUAUUAAAAAUAAUAAUAAUUUGAGUAGUGUAUCUAGUACAUAUGAACAGAUUAGAUGUAUUAUAAGAAAUACAUAUGAAUAUCUAAACAAUAUAGAUAAUACCAUAUUUAUAUUUGAGCCUAAAAUUGAUUUAUUAAGUUUGUUGAAAGAACGUUAUGAUAUGCUAGAAUAUGUUUAUACAAAUAUAUAUAAAAAUGAAGAAGAUACUCAAGAAGUAUAUUUACUAAAUACUCUCUUUGGAAUCAUUGAAGAAUUAUUAUAUUUGAUUUAUUGUAUAUUGAUAAAUAUAUAUAUGAUAAGAGAUCAACAUUAUGAAUAUUAUUUUAAAGAUAACAACAAUAAUAAUAAUAUUAACAAUAAUAAUAAUAAUAUUAACAAUAAUAAUAAUAAUAUUAACAAUAAUAAUAAUAAUAUUAACAAUAAUAAUAAUAAUUAUUAUUAUUUUAAUGAACAUGUUGGGGAGACAUCAAUGUACAAUAAUUAUUUGACAAAACCAAAAGAAAACUAUUGUACAAAAUUAAAUAAUAAGAAUAUUGUUAUACAUAAACAAUGUGAUGAAAUUCCAAAUAUUGUUACAUAUGAAGAAUAUGGUAUUUUUAAAAAUAUUUAUAGAAAUAAAAAUAUUAAUGAUAUACAUAUAAGUAUGGAUGAUAAUUAUUCUUAUAUCAACACAUCUAUAUAUAAUAAGACGACCAUAUUAGAUUCAUUCAUAAAUAUGUAUAAACAAAUUAAUGAAAAAUCAAAAAAUAAAAAAGGUGCAAUUAUUACUUUACAACAUUUAAAUGCUACUCAUUUAAUUUUUCAAAAUAUGAAACAAAAUUAUUUUCAUUAUUUAAUAAAAUAUCCAUAUAUAAAUUAUAAUUAUUCUAUAUUAAAAGAAAAGGAAAACAAAAAGGAAAAGGAAAUGGAACAAAUGAAGUAUACAUAUGAUAGUGCUUUUACAAAAUGUUCUAAUGAAAAUAUUUUGUGUCAUUAUUUUGCUUAUCAUGUGUUUAUUAUUUUUUGUAAUAUCAUGCAAAAUGAUAUUGCGUAUGAAUUUGUUCUUUACAAAAAUGGAAUAGAAAAAGCAGCAAGGGAUUUUAACAUUACAAAUGUAAAUCAAAAUCAACAUCAAAAUCAACAUCAAAAUCAACAUCAAAAUGAAAAUCAAAAUAUUAUUUGUUGUAGUAAUAUCUCUUAUUUUUGUAUAUUUCUUAAAUUCUUUCAAAUAUAUCAAGUUAUAAUGUUUAAGAAAGACGCCUCAACAGAUUUACUCUCCUUUUUAUUGUGUUUAUAUAAAUAUUUUCAUAAUUUACAAAAACAAAAUAAACAACAUAGAUAUGGUCAAAAUGAUGGGCUUCAAUAUAUUCUGGUUUUUAUUUUUUUGUUAUAUAAAAUUAUACGUAUGAAUAUAGAAAAAAAUAAUACUAACAUUAUUAUGAAUAAUGAGAAGAAGAAGAAGAAGAAGAAAAAAAAAAAAAAAAAGAUGAAGAAUUAUUAUUAUAAUUAUUAUUAUUGUAAUAAUUAUAAUUGUUAUAUUAAUUUCGAAUAUGACAAAACCUCAUCCGAAGAAGAUACUACAAAUAUUAGUCAUGUAAAAAACAUGUUGAAUGAUGAACCUAAUUAUUGGCAUGAUAUAACAAAUGAUCUUUUUGUAGAAAAUAAAAUUUUAAACAAUCUUAUUAAUUUUUUUAAAGAUGAUGAAUAUUUUAUUUAUUAUUUAGGUUCCCUAUACAUCUCGCAUUACUUUUUAAAUAUUGUUUGUACACAAAUAAAAAAACAAGUAAAAGAUAUCUUUAAAAAGAAAGGAAUGAAGAAAUAUUUUAAAGAGGUACUAAAUUCAAUAGAUGAAGAAAUUUAUAUGAAUGCUCAACUUAAUAAUUUAUAUAUAGACAAAAUAAAUUUGUCAGAAUCAAAUUCUUUGAAUUAUAAUACUUAUAAAUUGAAUAAGAAGAGAUAUAUAAAAAAUAAAAUUAAUAAUUUAGAAAGAGAUAUACCAUUAUUUCCGAACAUAUUGAAAAAUAUAUCGAAAAGUAAAAAAAAGAAAUUAUUUAAAAUAUUAAAUAUAAAUAUUGACAACAAAAAUGAUCAUAAUAUUAAUAGUAAUUAUGUUGAUAAUUAUAGUAAUAAUUUCCACUGUAUUAUUAUUGAUUAUAUAAAAAAUUAUAUAUAUAAAAAUAAUACUGUAAAUGUCGAAUCUUUAUAUAUUAAUUUAAAAAAAGAUUUUAAAAACUUUAUGAAAAAUAUUUUAUCUUAUCAUAAUUUAAAUUCUAUAAUGUUAAGUAUAACAAAUAAUAAUACGAAUGUAGAUACUUAUAAUUUAUCACCACAGUAUAUUCAUUUUUCUAUUGUAAAUUCUUGUGUUAGUUUUAUACAUCACAUAAAAGAAAAGUAUGGACUUAUAUUGAAAUUUACGCAUGGUAUUAUCUACUCGUUAAGCGCAUUUAUUCAUAGUAUUCACAAUAUAAACUUUUCAAUAUACCAAAUCAGAAAUAAGGAAAAAAAUGGAAUCUUUAAUAUGUGCACAAUAAAUAGAGAAAAUGAUUUAUGUGAUGAAAUAUGUAAAUAUAUAAAAUUCCCAUUGAAUUUUAAUAAAAUAAUAAAUCAUAAAAGGGACGGUUUUUAUAAUAACAACAAUAAUAAUAGUGAUUGUGAUGGUAAUAAUUAUAAUAAUAAUAUGGUGACGGUACAUAAGAAGAAGAAGUUGAAUGCCUUAAGUGAAUUAACUUAUUGCGAAUUUGUUAUAAGGGUUUUAAAAAAUCCCAAAAGUAUUAUAAAAGAAUAUGAUAUUAAUAAUUUAUUAAAUUGUCUUAAAUAUUUUUGUAAGAAUAUUAUUCUUUUUAAUGAAGUCGAUGACACAAAUGAUAUGAAUGAAUUUUUUAAAAUCGAACAGUUUAAAAAUAAGCACCUUAAGAAUAAAUUAGAUUAUAUGGAAGAUAAAGAAAAUGAAAAUUUGAAUAAAAAUAUUGAGAAAGAAUUAGAUAAUAUAUUUUAUUCACAAAUAUAUUUAUAUAAAAAUCAAGAGGUAGCUAUAUCGAAUAUAUCAUCAACUAUUAUUAAUGAAAAAUAUUCGAUUGAAAGAGAAGAUGAUGAUCAUUAUAAUUAUGAUGAAGAAAGAAUAUAUAAAAAUUGUAAGAAACAAAAUAAUGAUUCUAAUAUAGAUGAUUGUGAAAGAUUACAAAAUGAGGAUAAUAAUGUUGAAGAUAUGAACACAAAGGAACAUAUAGAAAAUGAAUGUAAUACAAAUGAAGAGGUCUUAAAAAAUAAGGAUAUAGAUAAUUCAUCUGUAAUAAAAGAAAGUAAAGAAAAAAUAAAUGAAGUAUUAUUUAAUAAAAUUAUUUACAAACUUGUAAAACUUUUUAAAAGAAAAUUGAAGGAAAAAAUAGAAGAUAAAAAUAAUAAUAUAAAAAAUUAUAAUACUUGUAGUGAAUAUAUAAAACAAAAAACAUAUAUUAAUAGAAUACAGAAAAAUAUUAAUCAUUUAUUUGAAAUGCUUAUUUUUAAUAUAAACAAUAAAGAAAAAAUGAAUAGUUUCAUAUCAAAUAAUAAAAAUGAAAAUUUCGAUUUAAAUAUCUGGUUAAACAAAGCAAAUGAAGAAAAUAAAUUUUUAAUCUUUACAUUAAAUAUAUUAAACUAUUUUAAUGAUUUUACAAAUUAUAACGAUGAAGAAUUUGAAAACUAUAAAAAAGACAUAUCUGAAUUUUUAUUAAAAAAUAAAAAAAGAAACCAUGCUUAUAUAAAUAAAUAUAUGAAUUUAUUAGAAUAUAACAACAAUAUAGAGAAGUAUAUUUUUAGUGCUCUCAAACAUUUAUGUACAUUCCUUAAUAAUAAAAAAAAUGAUCUUUUAUAUAUAUAUAAUAAUAGUAAUAAUUAUAAAAUACUUAAUAUUAUAAAUUCAAUUAAUCAUAUUUUAAAUAUUCCUCUAAGAAAUGUGAAAAAUCAAAUUGAAAAGAUUAUUUCAAAAUUAGAAAAUAUCAUAACUUUAAUUAAUGCAUUGAAGAAAGAUAAUUUUUUAAACUUUGAUGAAGAUACAAUGAAUAAAUUUAAAGAUAUAAUGAAAAAUAAUAUUUUGGAAAACUUUUUAGUAUAUACUAUAUAUUUUAGGUUGUAUAAAUUUAAAGAAAUAAAAAACAUUAGAAAGAAGUUAUAUCACAAAAUUGUAAAGAAUAAGACAUUAAAUUUGUUUGCUUAUUUGUUUUAUUUAUGUUAUGAAGAUGAUAAGGAUGAAAAGGUGAGCAUGGAGGUGUAUAGUAAAGAUAUGGAUGAUAAUAAGUUGGUGAGUCAUCAUAUGACGAAUAAUACUGAUGGGUGUAUUAAGCAGGGUGGUGAUAAUAAAGGUGAUGAUGAUGAUGAUGGUGAUAAUAAUGGUGAUAAUAAUGAUGAUGAUGAUGAUAAUGAUGAUGAUAAUAAUGAUGAUGAUGACAAUAAUAAUAAUAAUAAUGAUGAUAUAAUUUUCCAGAUGAACAAUUUUUUAAUCGAUUUUUCCAAAUAUCAUCUUACUAACCAUAAAGAAGAGAAAAAUAAAAAUGUUCCUUUGAGUGACUUGUUUAAAUUAAAAAUUAUAAAAACAUUCGAAUGUUUAAUUAUAUUUUUAAGAGAUUCCAUGAUAGGAGAAUUCCCUGUACGUUUAAAUCUGAUAUAUUUCAUAGCUAUUAUUUUUAAAAAUUCAUCAAAUAUGAAUGAGCGUAUUAUGAGUAAUGUGUUUUUUUAUGUUUAUAAUUAUAUGUAUAUUUAUUUACCAUUAAUACGAAAAAAAAUCCGGAUGUCAAAAAAUUAUUUUGAUUUACAAUUAAAAAAAUCACUACAAAAAAUUAAUUUCGAUCUUAUAGAUAUAGAUUCUUACAAAUCAUCAAUUAUUAAAUUUAAAAAUAAAAUUGUUUAUUUUACAAAAUUAUUCUUUCAACAAAUAAAUAUUUCUGUCGACAAAUUUUUACUUGAAAACAGACGUUCCUUAUUUAAUUCAGAAAUGCAAAAAGAAGAAAAAAAAAAUAUUACUUUGGAGAGAAAUAUUAAUGUAUGUUAUAAAAAUGGAGUUCAUAAUGACCCGCAAUAUGUAUUCGAUGAAAAGAAUAAAAAGAAAUUAUUAAAUAUGGAAAAUUCUGUGGAAAAGGGGAAUUCCAAUGAUAUAAUGAGUGAUGAUAAUAUUGAUCAUGACGACAACAAUAUUGAUCAUGACGACAACAAUAUUGAUCAUGACGACGAUAAUAUUAAUCAUGACGACGAUAAUAUUAAUCAUGACGACGACAAUAUUGAUCAUGAUGACAACAAUAUUGAUCAUGAUGAAGAUAAAAGCUAUUUAUUAAGUGACGUAUCGAGUGAAAUGUCUGAUCAGAAUAUAAAUGUAAAAAUCCCUAUCGAUGGAAAAGAGAAUUAUAUUAAAAACAAUUUAUGUGAAUUACAAAAGUGUUUUAUAAAUUUAGAAAAUAAGAUAGAAAGGAAUAUAAGUAUAAUAACAAAAAUGAAAAAAGAUAGUAGUAAUAUAAUUAAUUUAACGAUGAGAAAAAAUUUACAUAAUUUUAUAAAGAAUAUAGAUAAUUAUUAUAGUUUUGAAGAUAUGUCAAAUAAUUAUAGUAAAGAAAUACAAAAUAUUUUAAAUGUACAAUGUGUAAAUGCAAAUACAAAUCAAAAAAAAAGAUGGAUAUAUAUACUUAAGCAUUUCUUAACCAAAAAAUUAAAUAUCCCUAUAUUAAAUGAUUUAAGUAAUAUCACAUUUUUUUCAAAUGUAUUUAAAGAUUGUGUAUAUUUUGAAAAUGUAAAUAACAAGGGUGAUGUUAUACAAGAAUAUAAUAAUUGUAAAGAAAUUUUGGAUGAAUUGAAAAGUGCAUUAUUAUAUAUGUCACAAAAAAAAUCAGAACAUGUAAGAAGAAAAAAUAAAGAAGAAAAAUAUAUGGAUAUGAAAAGGGAACCCAUUAUAAAUAAUAAUAACAACAAUAAUGAGAACAAUAAUGAGAACAUUAAUGAGAACAUUAAUGAGAACAAUAAUAAUUAUUGUUAUAAUAAUAAUUAUCGUUAUAAUAACAAUUUUGUGGAUAUAACAUCAACGCAUAGAAUACUAGAAAUUAACGAAGAGUUGUCAUAUUUAGAAGAUAAUUUAAAAAAAUAUAUAAAAGAUAAAAGAAUAUAUAAUAUUGAUUUUAUUAAUGAAAUGAAUUAUAUCCUGAAGGAGAAUGAGAAGAAAAAUUAUAAAAUUUUAUAUUUAACAAUAUUUAUAAAAUCUAUUAAUAUACAUAGAGAUAUGCAAAAUGAAGAUAUCCUAUACUAUCUUUUUAAUUCUAUUAAUAUGGAAUAUUUUAAAUUAGGAAAAGAAAUGUAUAUAUUAUAUGAACAUUUUAAAUUAUAUUAUUUUUUAAUAGGACAAAAUGUAUUAUUAUAUAAAAAGAAAAGAAAUGAAAAUGACAUAAGAUUUAUACAAAUAAAAUUUUCAACAUUCGAAAAGUUCUUAUAUCAAUGUAAUAUUAUGAAGACAUGUUUAUUACAAUUUUUAAGUAUUUUUUAUGAAGAAUUAUCAAAAGUAAAUAUAUUUAAAAAAAUAUUAUUCUCCAUAUAUGAAAUUAUAUAUAUUAUAUAUAAUUCUAAUGAAUUUUUAAUCUUUAAAUAUUUUAAAAAUAUACAAAAUGUAAAUUGUCUACAAGAAUUUAACAAAACAAUAUCAUCAAAUAUGAAACUUAAUGUAAAUAAUUAUUUAUUAGAAUAUAUAUAUAAAUGUAUACAAUAUAUAUUAGACAAUAUAAAUAUAAUAUACAAUUUAAAGGUACCUGUAUAUGUAAAGGAUCAAUUAUAUUAUCGCAUACAAACUUUUGUUUUAUCCUUUGACAAAAUCAAGAAGAAUUCUAUAUAUAUGAAAGAUAUACUUGAAAAAAAAGUAAACAAAAAAAUAAUAAAUAAUAACAGAAACAAUAAUAAUAAUAAUAAUAACAAAAACAAUAAUUAUAACAAUAAUUAUAAUAAUAAUAAUUUAUCUAGUAAGAAAGAAAACAUUUUUGAUGAAAAUAUAAAAAAUAUGAAUAAACAUAUUUACAAAUUUAUUCAACAUAUAAUAAAUGCAAAAUCCAUAAUAUGUAAAAAAGAAUAUCCAGAUCUUCAAGAAAAUAAAAAUAUUUGUGAUAUUUAUUGUAUGAAAAAUAUCGUACAUUUUUAUUUAAAUACCAAUGAUAUAAUUACCCUAUUAUAUAAUAAAAAUACAACUAGUCAUUUUUGUAAUGAUCAUAAUUUGCAAAGGAACAAAUAUGUGGAUAUAUUUUUUUACUUAAGUAAAAAUUUAUUUUAUUUUGUUAAAUAUGUAUUCCUUUAUUUUGCAGAUAUUUAUAUUGGUUUCUCAAAUAUAUCAUUAUAUUUCUUAAAGGUAUUAAAAAUAUUAUAUACGAAAGGACUGUGCAGAGAUGUGGACCAUAAAAACGAUCAAGAAGAAAAUAUGGAAGGUGAUAAUAAGAACGAGCAAAAAAAAAAGGAUGAAGAUUUUCAUAAAGUAGAUUUUCUUAAGGGUAUAGGAUUAGGAGAAGGGAAAGGUAUAAAAAAUAUUGUAGAUGAAGUAGAUAAUGAAGAUAUUGAUAAUAUUUAUGAUGAGAAUGAACAAAAGGUUAGUAGUGAUGAGGAGCAAGAUUUUAACGAAGAAGCUAUUGAAGCAUCGUAUAAUUUUGAAAAAUUCUGUGAAAAAGAAUUUAAAGAUAUCAAUAAUUUUGAUAAUGAGAAAAAAUUAGAAAAUGAAAAGGAUAAUAUAAAUAUGGAUCCAGAAAAGAAAAAUGAAAAUGAUCAUAAAAAAGAUGAUAAAUAUGAUCAUAAGGAUGAAAAUAUGAAAAAUGAUCCUACUGCUCAGAAUAAUCAAAAUGAAGAAAAUGAUCUUACAAAUAUAGAUGAUGUAUUUGAAAGAAAUAAAAGUAACGAUUUUAAUAUUAGUCAUGAUAAUAUUACAAAGGAUCUUAAUCAAAAUAAUAAGGACGAUGUGAAUCAAAAUAAUGAGGACGAUGUGAAUCAAAAUAAUGAGAACGAUGUGAAUCAAAAUAAUGAGGACGAUGUGAAUCAAAAUAAUGAGAAAGAUGUGAAUCAAAAUAAUAAGGAAGAUGUUAAUCAAAAUAAUAAGGACGAUGUGAAUCAAAAUAAUGAGAACGAUGUGAAUCAAAAUAAUGAGAACGAUGUGAAUCAAAAUAAUGAGAACGAUGUUAAUAAAAAUAAUGAGAACGAUGUGAAUCAAAAUAAUAAUAGUAAUAUAGUAAAUGAAGACAUGAAAAUUAAUAAAGAUGAUGAAUAUAAUAUGAAUGAUAUGGAACCUUUGGAAGAAAAUAAUAACGAAGAUGUGUUAAAUUAUGAUGAUGAAAAUAAUAAAAAUAGAAUGAAUUUGGAUAAUUUAACAAGCCAAUUGGAUAAUGAUAAAUUCGACGAAACAUAUGAUAAUUUGAGUAAUAUAAAUGAUGACGAUAGUUAUAAUUUUGAUUCAAAUUUUGAAAUUGAGUCUAGUGAUUUUUCCAAAGAUUUUAGUGAUAAAUCUUACUCUGAUAAUGAUGGAGAAAAAGAAGAUAAAGAUGAUGCUGGCCAAGAUAAUCAAAAAUGGGAAGAUGAUAUUAAAAAUGAAAAUAAAGAUAAACACGACAAAAAUGAAAAAAACGACAAAAAUGAAAAAAACGACAAAAAUGAAAAAAACGACAAAAAUGAAAAAAACGACAAAAAUGAAAAAAACGACAAAAAUGAUGAUGAUGUGCAACUUGAUGAUAAUAAUAUGUUAAAGGAAAAUUAUAAACAGGAAAUAUCGGAAGGAAGCAUAAAUUAUGAAGAUGAGCUAUUUGAAGAAGAGGAGAAAGACAAUGUUGAAAAUAAUGAAGAUCGAGAGAAUAAAUAUGAAAGGGAAGAACAAUUGAAUGAAGAUAAAAAAGAGGAGGACCAUUUGGAAAUUGUUGAUGAGAAGGGUGAGGGAUGUGUAGAUAACAACGAUGGUAAUAAUAAUGAUGGUGAUAAUAAUGAUGGUGAUAAUAAUGAUGGUAAUAGUAAUGAUGAUAAUAAUAAUGAUGAUAAUAAUAAUAUUGAUAACAAUGAUGGUAAUAGUAAUGAUGAUAAUAAUAAUGAUGAUAAUAAUAAUAUUGAUAACAAUGAUGAUAAUAAUAAUAUUGAUAACAAUGAUGAUAAUAAUGAUGAUAAUAAUAAUGAAAAAGGAAAAUCAUCAAAUUGUAACGAUGAAACCAUGGAUGAACAAGCCAAUCAAUAUGAUAAUAAGCUAGCUAACCAAAAAGAUGAUAAAAAUGUAGAAGAGAAAAAUAAUGCUGAAAACAGAAUAACAGAUAAUAUAUAUGAUAAUGAGGAUUUAAAUAAUGACCCUAUGAAAAAAUCUAAACAAAAUAACAUAAAUAUUAAUACACAAAAGGACAAAGGAAAUGGAAAAGAUAAUAUGGAAGGUGAACAAAAUGUAAAUGGAGGUGAUAAUAAUGAGAAUAUACAAGAUGAUCAGUUGAGUAGAAAUGAUUUUUCAUAUAUGAUUAAUAAAUGUAAUAUGUAUAUGGAAAAGAUAAAUGACAUAUCGAAAUUUUUAGAUAAAAUACAGGAUCGUAUACGUAAUAUGGAUGAAAAUAAUAUUAAUGAUAAUAAUAUUAAUGAUAAUAAUAUGGAUGAAAAUAAUAUUAAUGAUAAUAAUAUGGAUGAAAAUAAUAUUAAUGAUAAUAAUAUUAAUGAUAAUAAUAUUAAUGAUAAUAAUAUUAAUGAUAAUAAUAUUAAUGAUAACAAUAUUAAUGAUAACAAUAUUAAUGAUAAUAAUAUUAAUGACGACAAUAUGUUUGAUAAUAAUCAUAUAAAUGAACGUGCUAUGAAUAAGGAAGAUUCCAAGUUGGAUGAUGAAGAAGAUGCUUAUAAAGGACAAGAAAAAAAUAAAAAUGGAGAAAUGAAUAAUGUUCUUUCCAUGGAAGAAAGAGAAAUGAAGAAAAAUAUAACGAACCGUUUUGAUGAUGUAAAUAAAGAUGAAUCUUUUAAUAUGGAAGAAAAAGAAAAGAAAAAUAUUUUAAAUGAUAAUAAAGAUGAAGUAUUAAAAACCAAUUUUGAUAAUAAAGAAGAAGAAAAUUUAAAUAAUGUAGAUUGUGAUAAUGUGAAAGAAGAAGACUAUGAUAAUACGAAUGAUAUAAUAAAAGAUGGUUAUAAUAAAGUUCAUUCAAAUAUUAAAAUAUUUGAAAAUAAAAUUGAUGAUAAUAAUAAUAUUAUUGAAGAAGAAGAAGAAGAAGAAGAUUAUAUCAUCAAUAUAAAUGAAAUGAAAGAUAAGGAAAAAAAUAAUUUUAUGGAACAUAUAAAUAAUAAUGAUGAAUAUGAAGAUAUAUACGAAAAAAUUAAUAACGAAACCGAAAUAUUAUCUAGCCAAUUAUGUGAAGAACUUAAAAUGAUUUUAGAACCAACUAUUCGAAAUAAAUAUGAAGGAGAUUAUAAAUCUGGAAAAAAAUUGAAUAUAAAAAAAUUAGUAAAUUAUUUUGCUAGUGAUUUUCGAAAUAAUAAAAUAUGGAAAAGGAAAACAAAAUUAGAUAAAAGAGAUUAUAAUAUUAUUAUUGCUAUAGAUAAUACCAAAAGUAUGAAAAUAAAUAAUAUUCAAAAAACUACAUUAAAUACUAUCUUUUUAGUAGCUAAAGCAUUUGAAAAAUUAAAUGUAGGCAAAAUUUCUAUAUGUUCUUUUGGAGAAAAUGAAAAAAUUAAUUCAAAUAAUAUUGUUUGUUCAAUGACAAAUAAUUUAAAUAAACAAGAUUUUUUAAAAAUAUUAAAUCAUUUUCAAUUUAAUUAUGAUACAGAAACUUCUUUUGAUAAUGCUAUGUUAAAUGCUUUAAAAAUAUGUAAUUAUAUAUUUAAAAAUACAUAUAAUCAUAAAAAUAAUAUUAUUAAUCAUUUAAUGCUUAUAAUUAGUGAUGGGAGAUUUAAUAAAAAUUCUGUAAAAUCAGAAAUAUUAAAAUGUAUACAAAAUAAUUUUAUACCUAUUCUUAUGAUUAUUGAUACACCAGCAUCGAAUAAUAAUAAUAAAAAAACACAAUCCAUUUUUGAUUUAAAACAAACAUUUUAUAAAAAUAAUAAAUUACAAAUUGUUCCUUAUCUCCAUGAUUUCCCUUUCCCAUAUUUUGUUGUUGUUGAUGAUUUAAAUAAUAUACCCUCCUUAACAUGUGACAUUAUCAGGCAGUGGUUCGAAAUAUUAAACAACAAAUAA